AUGCCAUUGCCACGCAACACCAAGAUGGUGAGCACCAAGCAGCCCCGAGCGGGCAAGGUGUGCCCUUCUGUGGAGAAUGCCAACCCUGAGAAGGAGGAAAACUCUCAGGCCAAGAGGUCCCCAUCCUCGCCCCAAGGUGGGCCCAAGAAGAGGUCGGCAUUCGGGGACAUCACCAAUGCUCACAAGAACCAGGUGGUGGCAGGGAAGAAGGAGGCUGUGAAAGUGGCACCGCACAAGGCACAGAGGAACCAUGGUGCUCUGGGAGUGGCCAAGAACAACGAGAUCAACCUGAAAAAGUCAAUGAAGAAAACUCCCCCGGCAGAGGCUCCGGCAGAGGUUCCUGCAGAGCCCAAGGAGGAUCCCGUGCCAGAGGAGCCGGUGCCUGCACAGGUACCAAAGCCCUCCCAGGAGAAGGUGCCAGCGGUGGAGGACAUCGACAAGGAGCAGCUGGGGGACCCCUAUGCCAAUGCAGAAUACGCCAAGGAGAUCUUUGAGUACAUGCGGGGCAGAGAGGAGAAAUUUGUGCUCCCUGACUACAUGGAGAAGCAGCCAGACAUCAGCGGGGACAUGCGUGCCAUCCUGGUGGACUGGAUGGUGGAGGUGCAGGAGAACUUUGAGCUGAACCACGAAACACUGUACCUGGCCGUGAAGUUGGUGGACCACUACCUGGUGGAGGUGGUGUGCAUGAGGGACAAGCUGCAGCUCAUCGGCUCUACCGCCAUCCUCAUUGCCUCCAAAUUUGAGGAGCGGUGCCCGCCAUGCGUGGAUGACUUCCUCUACAUCUGCGAUGACGCCUACAAGCGGGAAGAGCUGAUCGCCAUGGAGAUAAGCAUCCUCAGCACCCUCAAGUUUGACAUCAACAUCCCCAUCCCGUACCGGUUCCUGCGGCGCUUUGCCAAGUGCGCUCGUGCCUCCAUGGAGACACUGACACUGGCGCGCUUCCUCUGCGAGAUGACCCUGCAGGAGUACGACUAUGCCCGCGAGAGCCCCUCCAAGCUGGCUGCCAGCUGCCUGCUGCUGGCACUCACCAUGAAGAACCUGGGCGGCUGGACCCCCACGCUGGAGCACUACAGCGGGUACUGCUCCCAGGACCUGCACCCCCUGGUGAAGAGGCUGAAUUUCCUGCUCACCUACCAGCCCCGUGACAAGCUGAAGGCUGUACGCACCAAGUACUCACACAGGGUCUUCUUUGAGGUUGCCAAAGUCACCCCCAUGGACAUGCUCGAGCUGGAGAAGAUGCUGAAAAGCUGCUAG